AUGAUUCAAAUAUCCGACAGCCAAGAACAAGAGGAGUCCCAGAAUCAUCUUCCAGAACAAGAGGAGACCCAGAAUCAUCUUCCAGAACAAGAGGAGUUCCAGAAUCUUCUUCCAGAAAAAGAGGAGUUCCAGAAUCAUCUUCCAGAACAAGAGGAGUCCCAGAAUCAUCUUCUAGAACAAGAGGAGUUCCAGAAUCAUCUUCCAGAACAAGAGGAGAUCCAGAAUCAUCUUCUAGAACAAGAGGAGAUCCAGAAUCAUCUCCCAGAACAAGAGGAGUUCCAGAAUCAUCUUCCAGAACAAGAGGAGUCCCAGAAUCAUCUUCCAGAACAAGAGGAGUUCCAGAAUCAUCUUCCAGAACAAGAGGAGAACCAGGAUCAUCUUCCAGAACAAGAGGAGUUCCAGAAUCAUAUUCCAGAACAAGAGGAGAUCCAGAAUCAUCUUCCAGAACAAGAGGAGUUCCAGAAUCAUCUUCCAGAACAAGAGGAGUUCCAGAAUCAUAUUCCAGAACAAGAGGAGAUCCAGAAUCAUCUUCCAGAACAAGAGGAGUCCCAGAAUCAUCUUCCAGAACAAGAGGAGUUCCAGAAUCAUCUUCCAGAACAAGAGGAGAACCAGGAUCAUCUUCCAGAACAAGAGGAAAUUAUCUUCCAGAACAAGGAGUUCCAGAAUCAUCUUCCAGAACAAGAGGAGUUCCAGAAUCAUCUUCCAGAACAAGAGGAGAUCCAGAAUCAUCUUCCAGAACAAGAGGAGAUCCAGAAUCAUCUUCCAGAACAAGAGGAGUCCCAGAAUCAUCUUCCAGAACAAGAGGAGAUCCAGAAUCAUCUUCCAGAACAAGAGGAGAUCCAGAAUCAUCUUCCAGAACAAGAGCAGUUCCAGAAUCAUCUUCUAGAACAAGAGGAGUUCCAGGAUCAUCUUCCAGAACAAGAGGAGUCCCAGAAUCAUCUUCCAGAACAAGAGGAGAUCCAGGAUCAUCUUCUAGAACAAGAGGAGUUCCAGGAUCAUCUUCCAGAACAAGAGGAGUCCCAGAAUCAUCUUCCAGAACAAGAGGAGUUCCAGAAUCAUCUCCCAGAACAAGAGGAGUCCCAGAAUCAUCUCCCAGAACAAGAGGAGAUCCAGAAUCAUCUUCCAGAACAAGAGGAGUCCCAGAAUCAUCCUCCAGAACAAGAGGAGAUCCAGAAUCAUCUCCCAGAACAAGAGGAGAUCCAGAAUCAUCUUCCAGAACAAGAGGAGUCCCAGAAUCAUCUUCCAGAACAAGAGGAGAUCCAGAAUCAUCUUCCAGAACUACAAUAG